AUGCAAGGAAAUCAAUCGUCUUCCAACUCGGAUCAAAAAAAUAUGAAAACCGUCGAUGACGCUACGCAAAAGAAUGAGAAGCCCACUAGCUCCAGUGCGGGGGCUACAAAAAAAAAGCAAAAUCAAUGGACCUGGACACCAAAUUUCCCCGAGUACCCAGUGACGAGAUUCCCUAAGGGUGUUCCUCAAGGACCAAAAAGAAUUCCAUCUUAUACAGUUGAAGAUCUAGAUAAAGAAUGGUCGAGAAAGGAGCUUCCUAGUCGACAGUGUGGAAGAUAUGCUCAAUACGACCCGGAAUCUUAUUUCGAGCAGGAGCUUUUAAAAGAAACAAAUUGGAAGAAGUUUCUGAAAGAAGAAAAAGCGGCCCGAAAAUCGUAA